AUGACUACAACUACUGGUACGAGCGAAUACGAUCAAACUUGCCACGCAAAAAAAACCGACGAGAUUAUGAACUAUUUGGAUUCAAUCUGGUUACAACCAUAUAGAGACCGGUUUGUUUCGUUCUGGAGUGACCAACAUCUGAACUUCGGUCAACGUACAACGAACAGGGCAGAGGGUCAACAUGCUCUUUUGAAGCAGUACCUAGGCGACUCUAAUUACACCCUGGAGAAAGUGGUACCACUUAUCGAUAAGCUCAUAAGAAGCCAGGUGACAGAAAUCAAAGGCAGCAUUGAAACAAGCAGGAGCCGAACAUUGGGUCAUCAUAACAAACCAAUAUUUAAUCUCCUACUAAAGAAGGUUUCACAUGCCUGCCUAGAGUUGAUAUCAGACGAAGUAAAUGAAAUAGAAAAUCUAAUGUUAUAUAACCGUACAUGCGCGUGCCGUUUGUAUACAAGCUGUGGGUUGCCGUGCGCGUGUCGGUUGGAACCGUAUACAACGAAUGGUGAAAUGAUCCCGUUGGAGUUGAUAGACCCUUUUUGGAGAAAGUUAAAUUUGGACUCCAUAGUGGAACCGAGCAAGGUGGACUCUUUCGACUUAGACGGCGAAUUUGCGCUUCUCAAACAACAUUUAAGUGCUCAGCCGAGAGAACUCAAGAAAAACUUGAUUCAAAAGAUGAAGGAGUUGGUACAACUCAAUAAGACGAAGCUUAAACAACCAGUUGUGCAAAAAAACACACGGGGUCGUCCAACUUUAAAAGCUCAGCAACAAAGGAAGGAUGAUUCGUUUACGGAGCCUUCUAGACACAGCUUUUUUACAACUCAGGACCAGUAUAGUGAUUCACAAGAUGGGUUUGGCACACAAGAGUCAACGAUCGAACCUACCAAGCACAGCUCGUUUGUCGAGUCACAGAGUUAUUGUACUGAAACACCUACGUUCUUUGGCGAGAUUGCGAAAGGCGCUAAGAAUUCGAAAACGAAAAACAAGGUCGCAUAA